AUGUCCAAGCGAAAAAUACAAGAUAGUCCAGUGGAGGAUACGGAGCGAAAGAAAAUCUCGACUCGAGACAGGUCGCUGUACUUGGACACAAUCAACAGGAAAAUCCUCGAUUUCGACUAUGAAAAAGUCUGUUGCAUCUCGCUAUCCAGCACCAACAUCUACGGCUGUCUGGUGUGCAACAAAUACUUCAGAGGUCGGUCAAUGGACUCAGAAUGCUUUCUACACUCGAUAAACGACGACCACCACGUUUUUGUCAAUUUUGACACUCUCUCGUUCCAUAUCCUGCCCGAGAACUACCAAUUGGACGAGCAGACCGCUUCUUCUUUGGACGACAUUCGACAGCAAAUCAACCCGACAUACAAGGACCUAAAAGACAUAUAUCACGACACGUCACUCAAACGCGAUCUUGCUGGCCGAGAGUACCGUCCUGGGUUCAUUGGACUGAGCAAUUUUGGCGCAAACGACUACUCGAACGUAAUUUUGCAGGUCCUGGCACACGUUCCUCCAUUGAGAGACUAUCUGCUGCUAUACCCUGAAAAACUCCACAAAACCAAGCUGGUGGGCAAGCUUUCCCUUCUAGUGCGAAAGAUGUAUUCUCCAAACCUGUUCAAAUCUCACCUUUCUGCCCAUGAACUAAUGCAAUACGUAUCCUCGUCGACUAAUAAGAGAUUUUCCCUUCAUCACGAAAGCGAGCCCAAGGACUUCCUCAUGUGGCUGUUCAACAGCAUGCACAAAGAAUUGGUUUCAGAACUUCAAAAUAAUCUGAUCUCGUCGAUUUUUCAGGGGAAAGUGGAACUUCCAUCUGGAAAGUCUAAAUUUUGGAUGCUCACAUUAACACUGCCAUCGGUGACUUUGUUUAAAGAUGGCGCCAAGCUAGAGAUUCCCCAGGUGGCGCUUGAAGACCUCUUGGCGGCGAAAAAGUAUAAAAUAGCCAAAGCACCGCAGUUCCUGACUCUGUACAUUAAAAGAAAGGACGACACACAGAAAAUCGCAGGCGUGAACGGAUCCAACAUCAAUCCAACGGUGGUGAAAUUCAAUCCGUUGCAACUGAAAGUUGACACCCAUGUCUAUAAGCUCAUAGCCAACGUGGUGUAUAGUAGCGGCCAGAACGAAAAUUACAGCCUGGAGAGCGAGAACCAGGCUCACUACAAAAUACAAGUUCUAGAUGAGGUGCGCAACGAGUGGCUCGAGAUCGAUGAUCUCAAAGUGAAGCCGAUCGAAAAAGACCUCCUAUUCCUCAACCAGACAUACUUGCAAUUUUGGCAAAAGAUAGCAUAG